AGAUUUCUAAUCCUCUUCUUCUUCCUCCUCCAGCCUACCCCUCUUCUUCCCCGAUCCCUCCCCCAAAUUCGUCGCCUCCCAGUUCCCGGUCUUUUAUUCCUCACAAGUUCGUGGCACCAACAGGACGCAACAAGCCAGCCCCACCGGUACCGCACUGCCGUGGGUCGACCCUUCUUCUUCUUCUGCCGGUCCUCCUAAUUCACUCCGGCACGAGAUCGAUCCCCUCAGGGCGCGCCGCGCAGGUGCCGGAGCGGCUUAUUUCCAAGAAUUUUAUCUUUGGGUGCUAGCAAGAGACGGAUAAGAUGAAGCGCAAGCGCGGCCACACGCCGGGCAAGAAGAGUUCUUCGAAUACCACCGGGGGAGACUCUUCGUCUGCAUCUCCGUCCAGCCCAAGCACCGAGGAGAACAUCCCAGCGGAGAAUGCGCCUGUCUCGAGGUCCACUCCGGCAGUGCCUGAACCAUCUCCUCCUCCUGAACCAGAGAAGCCGAUCCUCCCUGCCCCAGCUCCGGCUCAUCCCACCGCUGAUAUACCGUACGCCAAGCCGAAGGUGGGGGCGGUAUACGGUCGUGUGAAGCUGAAGUUCAAAACCUCCAAGGUGGUAGAGCUCAACAAUAGUUCGUCUGUAGCUCAGGCAUCCGCUGAUGCUGGUAAAUCUCAGACUGCCGCUCCUGAAGUGAGCAAGCAAGCUACUGCCGAAAAAGGUAUCACUGCAUCGUCAACUGGCCAGACAACUGAUGGGCAGGAGUCGGAGUUGAGUGGUUCUGAUAAGGACAAGGUGGCAAAGAAAGCAGGAAGCAUAAAGAUCGUCUCGGCGGGAUUAUCUUCUUCAGUACAAGAUAACACCCAGGACAGGGAAGUUGAUGAAGUACAUGAACCUCUUCCAAGUAAGCAGGAAACUGUUCUAGUAACCGAGGAAAGUGAGAGUGCAUCGGAGCCAAAGAACUCACAAGGGUCAGAGAUAAAGCAGUCUACCCUGGAAUCUCAGCGUGAUGAGAAAGAGUUAGCUGCUGCACUUGAAGCUAUUAAGAAGGUUAUGAAGGUCGACGCAGCUGAGCCAUUUAACACCCCAGUGGAUCCUAUUGCUUUGGGAAUACCUGAUUAUCUUGAUGUUAUCGACACUCCUAUGGAUUUUGGCACAAUAUGUCAAGAUUUAGAACGUGGAAGCAAAUAUAUGAACUCAGAGGAUGUCUAUAAGGACGUGCAGUUUAUAUGGGAUAAUUGUACCAAGUAUAACAGUAAAGGUGAUUACAUAAUAGAGCUUAUGAAACGGGUAAAGAAGGCCUUCAUGAAAAAUUGGCUGGCAGCAGGCUUGUAUUCUGAUGUGCACGAGAAUGGUGGCAAUUACAAUACUGGCGAUGAGGAUACCAAAGUUAGUUCAAAAAGCAAGUCUAAGCAAAAACGGCGUCGCCCAGGGAAUGAUCGACACAAAAAUGAUUGUGCAUGUGCUGUUUGUCAAGUUACACGGCGUAAGAAGGAAAGGGAUGAAAUUUUAUCUGUUGAUAAUGAAGUCACUGUAGUGAACAUUUCUGAAGAGCGCAACAUGGAGGUAAACUUCGGUGAUAAUAAUCCUGGUAGUCAUGACACAGCCUCUAGUAAGGAGCAACCACGCCAUAUUGAUGUGUUUAAAACAACAAUGGAAGCAGAUGAUGCGCAGACUCAGAUGGAAGAUCCUGGAAAAUCCCUCAAUAAUCCAUCUCCUGACUAUGAAGAUGAGGUCUCCAGACAGUAUUCCGAGGAUAAGGAAGAGGAGUAUAAAGAUCUGAACAGUCAGGACGAACAUACUUCCACUCAGCCUAAUGAUGACUCAGUAGCUGGACAUCAUGAACAGAAGGCACAGACCGAAAUUGGGCAGGAGGUGGAAAUGGAGGAGUUGCCCAUUCAACAGGAGAACGAGUCAUUCUUGCAAGUCUGCGCGCGCCUUUUCCCCAGCAAGCAGGGCUCCGUUUUCAGGGGUCGCCAUUCUCUGUUCCGUCAGCAGCGCCGUUUGGUGGCACCAAAGGAGAGCCCCCUACACGUCGCCCUGACAGCGAUAAUGAAACGGUAGAAAAGAAAUUCCAUGAGCGGUUCCUUGUCAGAGAAGCUCCAGGCAGCGGCGUCAUGACUUGGGGGGAAAUCUCUUCCCUGAAGACAUGGAAGCUGGUUGGAAUAACGCUGAUGAGGCUCGCUCGGGUGUGAUGUGGGUACGGAAUUAGUUGGAGGAUACCUGUCUGGAAGAAUUCUCUUGGUGCAGACUUGAAUUUUGUAUGCGAGUAUGCACAUGUCGUCAGUCUCUCUCUCUCUCUCUCUCUCUCUCUCUCUCUCUCUCUCUCUCUCUCUCUCUCUCUCUCUCUCUCUCAUUGCUUGCCGGCCUGGCAUAGGGUUGUCCUCAAGGCUAUAAUUCAUUUCAUUCCCAAGGGAGGCUUUUAAAGUAGUGUUUUGAGCCGAUUCUUCCGGCCAACUGCUACCUGACUCUUCCUGAGCUUGCUUGCUCAGGCCCAAAACAAAAUACUAAAAAGGUUUGAUUGGGAUUGGGAUUGGGAUGCA